AUGAAUUUUGCCUCUUUUUUUUUUCUUUUCUUUUCUUUGCGUUUUUUCCCUUUUUUUUCCUUCCCAAUCUGCUCUCACUUCUUAUUUUUGGCUUUUUACUUCAAAUAGAGAAUCUCAAAAAUCUCUCUUUGCCCUCCAAUUUUCUCCUUAUCCUAGUAAGUAAUCCCACCUCCAAACGUCCUCGACCUUUUUGCCCUAAACAUUAAGGUGAAUUAUUGGUAUUUUCCUCCUGUAUCAAAUUUCAAUCCCGGUCGGAUCGAUCCACAUAUGCAGUGGUCCUAUAAUGGAAAGAGUAGUGGAAUUUGAAGGGAGUCGGGUUCUCGAUUUCGUUCCCAGAUUGGUCGCUGGCGCUAUCUCUGGAGCUCUCACGGGAGUUUUUGCUCUGGCUGGAGCUUUCACCGGAGCUAUUUCUGGUGCUUUAGCUGGCCGGGCUUCUGAUAGUGGUGUCCUUCGUGGGGCUGGUAUAGGGGCCAUUGCCGGUGCUGCGCUUUCUGUUGAGGUUUUGGAGGCUUCUCGCGCAUACUGGGGUUUGGAACAAUCUGGUUCACGAGGCCCUUCUUCUAUGGCAGAUUUUGUAGAAGAGCUUCUUCGUGGGAGGUUUGUAGAUGAACAAUUUUCACCAGUAAUGCUAAAUGCUUAUUAUUGGCAGCAGCUAGGCAUUGGUAAUAUAAGUGAUGAUGAGAUUCAUGGUGAUGGUGGUGAAGUUGAAUCCAGAGGAUUGUCAGGAGAUUCACUGAAGAAAUUGCCAUGUCAUACCUUGGAUGAAAUCAAGGCAAAACAGACCAUCUGCUGUACAAUAUGCUUGCAGGAUAUCGGAAAAGGGGAAAUGGCAAGGAGUUUACCCCGUUGCCACCAUACAUUCCAUUUGGCCUGUGUGGACAGGUGGCUCCUAAGACAUGGAUCAUGCCCCAUGUGCAGGCAGGAUGUGUAGAGGACCAUUGAGAUAAAACCGUUAUACAUGUAUAUAUUUGCUGUGUAACAUAGUGUUUGUGAUUAAACUAUUCAAUGCAUUAUGUAAUUAUGUUGUUUUAGCAGCGUGUUUUUGAAGCAAUAAUGAUCAUAUGUUUGCAGACAUGACAGAUUGUUAGUUUUAUUAUGCGUGUUCUAUAAGAUAAUGAGGAUAAUUUGCAGUA